UCCUUUUAAACUUCCUGAGCUCACCUCUUGCCAUUUCGAAAUUGAUUUUGUCCCCGCACAAACUGAGCAGAAAUAAAUAUUUGAAAAUGUCCACUCUUGAUGACUUCUUCGCCAAGAAGGACAAUAAAAAGUAAAAAAAAAAACCAAAUUACUUGGCCACCGAUGAGCUGUACAAAACGCUGGAGGAAUCCAUCCACCAGCCUGUCGAGGCUGGCAGCGAUCCAAGCAAAGGACUAGACAACGACAACAACAACUUGAUGGAGGGUCCAACGGGAUCGGCAGGACCAUUAGUCGCCAAGCCGCUGGAGUUCGGGCUUCAGUUCUCGGACGCAACAGCCGAGGAUGAGGACGAGUGGUCGGAUUACACCGAGGAAAAUCGCUUCAAUUACACUAGUGUACCCCGUAUCACCUGGAAGACUAUGAGCGGCACCCUUCUGGCUCCGGCGGCCGAGGUCAAAGUUUUAGAGCCGGAGCAGCGAGAGUCUGCCGGGGAUGGCUUAGAUGUGGGCCAAGGCAAGCGUCUGGACGAGGUUAUGGGUUCUGCCUCUUGUCCCUGGCAGAACAUGGUCAAGACACAGCCACAGCAGGAGCAGAAGUCCGAGCAGCAGCCGGAGAAGAAGAACCCAUCGAAGAAGGUCUACAUUCCGCCUGCUCUGCGCCAGAGCCAGGGCGACCUCCACCAGCGACCCCAGGUGGAGACGGGCCCCCGCAAGCUGCCGUCGGCCAUGUCCAUGGGAAAGCCCCAAGCCCCAGAUCUCAAGAGCUCGGAGUACUUUCCCAGUCUUAGCGGCUCCAAGUCGCUUAAGCACCCCAAGUAACCUCCUGGUUCCCAGCCACAAUUCGUUCAACAUUUCUGCUGUUCAAAUUUACGGAGAUCAAUGGUUGUUUAGCCGCCUUUAACGAGCAAUGACGCAAUAAAGAAUAUAGCAGUCA